UAAUCGAGAGCAUCACGUCACACAGUGCUAUUUUUUUGCGUGCGUGCACGCGCGUUCAUCCGUAUCACCCUGAAAGCAUAACAAAUGGUGUAACGUGUACGGUGACGGUGCAUAGAGAAGCAUCGCGACUCAGAGGCAACACGUGGUGUAAAUAUAGGAAUGAACUGUGAACAGCGCAAUUGCUUAGGUUUGCUAAAAAAAAAAAAAAAGAGGCUACAGUGCGCUGCGGCAGUUGUCAGGGGAUAUCGGAGAGCUCCGCUCUGAUUGGCUGGAGGGGCCUUGUUGCUAUGGCGACGGACGGGGGGGUACGGUAGCGUUGCUGUGCGGCGUGAUCUGUGUGCGCGCGGAUGGAGGAAGCAGCUGCUGAUCUUUUGACACAGUAGCUACAGCAGAGAAAAAGCGACUGCAUGAAACACACCGGAGCUGCGGAGUCUGAAACGACCUUUUAGUAUGCACGAAUGUGAGAGAGUCUCCGUAUCUAUGCCAGUUGUUAGUCUCUGACAGCUGUGUAAUGAGGCUAGGUGACCGUCCUGCUGAGUCAGAUCAAAUCUCCCAAAACACCCAAGAAACUCCGGGAGCUGCUGACUUACGCCUGAUCUGCCUGUCAUAAGAACGUUGUAAGCGCAAGAGAGAAAGUCAUCUCUACCCUCCAAGUUUGAUGGGUCCGAUAAUCGGGAUGUCUCCAGAUAAGAAAGCCGACUCUCCAGGAUCUCAGGGUAUGUGCGGAGCAGGAACUCUCCCAGAAGCAGAAAGUGCCUCCAGCCCUCUAGCCACUAGUCUGGACAGGAUCGGUCCAUCUGGGGCCGUAAGCAGGUCCCGACUCGAACCCGAGGACGACGAGCUGACUAAUCUGAACUGGCUCCACGAGAACCUGCUGCAGAACUUCACUCUUGGAGAUGCGCAGUCUUGCAGUGGUCCUUUGUUUGACAUCGAGGGUAGUGUGGGCUCUCCACGUGGACACAGUCUGUCCUCGUCCUCUUCAUCUGUCUCAUCUGGGAGUCCAGGUAGUGAACGGGAUCCCCUCAAAUCCAAGCCUCCUUUUUCCUUCUCGCUUCUGAUCUACAUGGCUAUUGAACAGUCUCCCAGUAAAUCCCUUCCUGUAAAGGACAUCUAUGGCUGGAUCCUGGAACACUUCCCAUACUUCUCCAGCGCUCCCACAGGAUGGAAGAACUCGGUGCGGCACAACCUGUCUCUGAACAAGUGCUUCCGCAAGGUGGAGCGCGGCCUGGGGAAGGCCAAUGGGAAAGGCUCUCUGUGGUGUGUUCACCCUGAGUUCCGGCCCACGCUGAUGCAAGCCCUGAAGAAACAGCACUUCCCGAGCGCACAAGCUUUCUGCACGCCACCUGCCUCUCCUCCCAGUGCCUCUUCUCCUCCUUGUCACCUGUUCUCCUUGGAGCAAGGCUACUCUCUAAAGGAAUGUGAUUUUGACGCUGCCACUGCCAUGAUGCUGUUAAAGUCUGCCUCAGAGCAGAACAUUGACCCAUAUGAGCAAGAGGGACCGAUCGAUCUUUCCCGGAGGGAUCUGGUGGUGGUAAGCCGAGAUCCAAAACAGGACCACAACUACAGCAGCGUCCCCGUGUCUCCCUCUCCGCAGCAGACAACGGGUUCCAGUGCUCCCACACACGGGCAACAAGAGAGAGCAGGCUUGGCAAACGGUAGCCACCCUCCAUUAAAGAGGGCCAGACAUGAUUCCAAGCCUGAUGUAGAUGAUGAGUUGAAAGAGGCAGCUGGCUCGCUUCUGCACCUAGCAGGCAUUCGAACCAGCCUCGGUGCCACGAGACGCAAGAGCAGGAAGCUGGACAGGAAAUGAAGCCGGGCUCUUUAGCCUGCUCAUUCUUUUGUUUCCCUUUACACCCCUCACUAUGUGACUCGUUCCUGUGGCCUGUUCUGGCCUCUCUCCUCUGGUUGAAGUUAAUUUGUUUGAAAUUAAUCCUUUUUUUUUUUUUUCCUCAAAAUAUUCCAAUCAUCUCAUCCAACAGGCAAUACUAACACAAACACAGGAGAGAAAAGCCAUACUGAUGCUUUUGUUUGUUGUACAGAAAAGAUUAGGAGAGAAAAAAAAAAGUUAAAUCAUCCACCAACCUACAUUCACAACUAAAAGAGUUUGAGGGGAGAAAAAAGAGAACUUUUUGGGGAGGGGAAAAAAAAACUCAGAGGAGAUUUGCAUGCUUCCACCUCUUAAAAAAAACAACACAAAUGUAUAUAUCUUGAGAAUGAAUGCAUGACUUUCACAAGUGGCUUGGGCUUCAGCAUAAUGACGAAAAGCUAGAUAAGAAAAAAAGAUUUAAAAGUGCCAUUGAUUUUGGAUCAUAAGACUUCAGUUAAGAAAUAUGAUACAAUGAUAAAUGCAAUAAUUAGUUGACCUAAAUACUUGUAGUUAUUUUAUUUUUGUACUGCUGUUUUUUGUAUUUCGUCUGGUAAAGAUGACGUGUCCCCUGAAGCCCCGUGCACUCGUAGCUAUGAUGUCAAAUCCAUGUGACUUUCCUCUUCAUCCUGAUUGGAUCAGUGCCCCAACCCUAACCUCCCUGAGCAGUAUCACUGUAGUUGAGAGAACAGCAUGAAAGUAGAGCGGUGGCUCUUUGCAUUCACUUCAGUAUUUAUCCAACGAUUAUCUCCGUAGUAAGUGUAGUCCUGUGCCAUUACAUCUCCAGAAUUAUUUCCCCACAUACGUUUAAACGUGUGUCACUUAAGCAUUUAAACUAUAGGACACAAUGCAAAGAGGCCAGAUUUAACCAAGAACUUUUUUCUCUCUUCAGCAACCCAUUUCUAUAGGUGUCAUUAUUACGUCACAGCUUCAGAGCUGUCUGACCAAUCCGACACAAGUGCUGAGAGAAGUCAGAGCAGGGUUUUCGAAAUAAAUCUUCAGUGGACUUUAGCAGGAUCUGUAUGCAUGGGGCUUGUGCUUCGGGUUUGGAUGUAGCACUCCGCUGCACAGAUGACCUCGAGAGAGUUGUUCUGGCUCAAGAGGAAACUGGAGACAAUGUGGGCUCUGGAAGAAAAGCGGCUGUGGGAAGAAAGGAAAAAAACACUUGCCUUUCUGCAGCUCUGUAAAUGAGGAAGUCAUGGGAACGGAAGUCAAACUGAUGAGACAGGAAGCUGAUAUCCUCAGAACCUGCUACUACCAGGACUGGGUUUGGCACGAGUACUGGACUAUUCAGGCUCUCUGUCUAAACUCCUACUUUAUGUUAAACCAUCAGGGGUGUUGCCGCUAUCUUUGCAACUCUCAUCCUUUUUUUGUUUUGAUCAUUGUUUUAACUGCCUAAGUAAGUGAAAUACCACUCACCUCUUUCUUGUGAUGGCUAAAUUAAGCUCUAAUCAGGAACGAUUGCACCCGACAGGCGGGGAACUUCUACGGCAAACGACGGAGCCUGUUGAAUCAUGGUGCUACUAAAAUGUAUCAGGACAUAUCCUGUAUCCUGUGUGUGAGCUCACUAGUCCUGUGGUACCUGUGAAGCUUUUCAGCAAAUUUCAUGAUGACCUUUUAACACUUCUCUAUUUAAUUGCAUCACUUUAACUGUUGCCAUUUUCAAGUUGCUGCCCAAACACUUUUGCCAAGGCUGCCAAUUUCCCCUCUAUUUGUACAUAGUGAUAACACAGGAUGCAAGUAUUACUAGAGGAGGUUUAGAGGAGAGAGUGACAGAGCUGUAGUGUUAGAAUUAAAGCUUGUAAAAGCAGCCACUUGUUUCUCCCCAAACAGGAGUAUUGACUUCUGAAUAUCUGACCUCUCUCUGUGAUACAGCAUAGUGAUAAUUGUUUAUUAUUAUUAUUAUUAUUAUUAUUAUUAUUAUUAUUAUUAUUAUUAUUAUUAUUACUAUUCUGCUCCACUAAUUCAGAGCUGCCAAUCAGUUUGCUUGCAUUUGUCUGCCAUGUCUGUCUGACAGACUUCCAUCUUUUGGUUUUGUAAGCUAACCUAUGUUAAUAAAAUGUUUAUAAAGUUUAUUUUUGCCAAAGAUAUGCAAUUGUUGCAUUAUAUAUGGUAUUAAAAUAAAAAAGGGUUUCUUUUA